AUGGAGGUGGAGAAAAUCAGAAGAAGCUCCGUCAGGAGACACAAGCUUUCCAGCGCAGACGACACGUACUACAAACCGACGGUGAAUAGCUCCAUAAACAACGAGACUUGCAGCGACGAAGGCGAAAUAGAGUUCGAAGGAUGGGUGGAAUUUAUAACGAAAAAUGAAAAGGAAGAUAAUGAUGAUGACGAUACUCUGUGCGAAGAAAAGCUUAGCAAGUCCCAUGGAAAGAGGAGAAGCACCAUGCAUAUAUCGAGUUCUCCUGGUGUAUAUACACAUACGGGUAAAACAAAAAAGGGGGAAAAAUAUGUCAAAGGCGAUGAAACUACCAUAGCUAAUGCGAACGUCGUUGUUAAAAAUGAAGAGAAAUCAGAUUAUGCUUACACGAAUACAAAUUAUAUGAACAAAGAACCUGUAGUGACAUUAAAUAGCGGGGUGGUUUAUGCAAAUGGGAGUAAUGCUACUACAUACCCAUUAAUUAUCAACACGCAAGAAAAAACGAAUAACGCAAUGAAUGUGCUGAACCCAAAUUAUGUGGAUCCAUCUCCUCCAGUUGUUUUGAAGAAUCAACAAAUAAUUCCCCAGCUGUACAUUAGGCAGCCACCAACAGUGAUAGUAACAAAUGAACCUCGUCCCCCCUUAGUGAUAAAUCCCCCACCAGCUAACAUCGUUUUUAAAAACAAGGCCCCCCAACCUAUAUAUGUAAAUAGUACAAGGCCAAAUAUCAUCAUUAAAAAUGAUCCAGCAGUGAUACAGAACCCAGUUGAUAUGGAUUCUACCCCUAUCCAGCUAGAUGUCCCCAUGGAAAAUGCAUCUGCAACAAUCACAGAGUCGAUAAAAUAUCCCUGUACAGUUAAUCUCAAAAAUGAACCCAUUGGGGAUAACCGAAGUUGCUUUUUUAAGACAGUUGUAAAUGCUACCUCCGCAGGGCUAAUGCCAACAAACAAUGUGAUCCAGCUAGAUAAUUCGCUAGUAAGGCCCAUUACGCAACAAGUUCUUCCAAAUGUGUAUAUGAUGAAUGAGAAUGGGCAGCUCCAAGGGGGGAUCCAAACACAGCAGAGUCCCAUCUAUGCAGUAAGUCCCAUGGGCAACAUAAUGCAAGCACAGCAGUCACAGCCUAGCCCUACGUACAAUUCACAUGAGCAGAAUGUUUUCCAGUGCGUGCAGCCAAGUUACACACAGGUGAUGGGAGCUCAGCCUGAGCAGUGGGGUGGUGGAGGGAUCUUGCUGAACCAGCCCCUGCAAAUGGCACCGCAGCAGCACGUGCAAGCAAUGUCCGCGCAACAUAUGCAGGCAAGCCACCAGCCACAAGUUCACCUAACAGGAGGAGUGCAAAAUUACCAAUCUUAUAGCAGUGCCCAACCAGCCAUGACGUACGAAAAAAUCUGCGCUCAGCAAGUGGCUCAACCGGCAUAUGGUAAUGCAGCACCUCAGUAUGUUCAACAAAGCUAUAUGCAAACAAAUCCAAUGGUGCAGGAACAGACGGCUCCCCAAUUUGCACCGAGAAGAUCAUCCUUUGUUCCUAAUAACAACUUAGCGCAAGGAGCACACCCAGUUAUAAGAUACAGUCAAAAUUUAGGCCAACCUGUUAAUCCUCGAGUAAUAAACCGGCUCAAGCACCUAACGUGA